GCGAGAAGGGGCGUGGCGCGGCGGCCGCGAAACGUGCGCAGGCGCCGGCCGCUGCGGUGCAGAUGGCGGAAAUGGAUCCGGUAGCCGAGUUCCCCCAGCCUCCCGGUGCUGCGCGCUGGGCUGAGGUUAUGGCUCGCUUCGCGGCCAGGCUGGGCGCGCAGGGCCGGCGGGUGGUGUUGGUUACGUCAGGCGGCACCAAGGUCCCACUGGAAGCGCGGCCGGUGCGCUUCCUGGACAACUUCAGCAGCGGGCGGCGCGGUGCAACCUCGGCCGAGGCCUUCCUAGCCGCCGGCUACGGGGUCCUGUUCUUGUAUCGCGCUCGCUCUGCCUUCCCCUAUGCCCACCGCUUCCCACCCCAGACUUGGCUGUCCGCUCUGCGGCCUUCGGGCCCAGCCCUUUCGGGCUUGCUGAGCCUGGAGGCCGAGGAGAAUGCACUUCCGGGUUUUGCUGAGGCUCUGAGGAGCUACCAGGAGGCUGCGGCUGCAGGCACCUUCCUGGCGGUAGAGUUCACCACUUUGGCGGACUAUUUGCAUCUGUUGCAGGCUGCGGCCCAGGCACUCAAUCCGCUAGGCCCUUCUGCGAUGUUUUACCUGGCUGCGGCUGUGUCAGAUUUCUAUGUUCCUGUCUCUGAAAUGCCUGAACACAAGAUCCAGUCAUCUGGGGGCCCACUGCAGAUAACAAUGAAGAUGGUGCCAAAACUGCUUUCUCCUUUGGUUAAAGAUUGGGCUCCCAAAGCAUUUAUAAUUUCCUUUAAGUUGGAGACUGACCCCGCCAUUGUAAUUAAUCGAGCUCGGAAGGCUUUGGAAAUUUAUCAGCAUCAAGUGGUGGUGGCUAAUAUCCUUGAGUCACGACAGUCCUUUGUGUUUAUUGUAACCAAAGACUCGGAAACCAAGUUAUUGCUAUCAGAGGAAGAAAUAGAAAAAGGCAUAGAGAUAGAAGAGAAGAUAGUGGAUAAUCUUCAGUCUCGACACACAGCUUUUAUAGGUGACAAAAACUGAAGUAAAAAGCCCUUAUAGGAUCAAAAAUUGUUCAGGGCUCUUAGAGAUGGUGAAAACUACAAAAAAACCAUGGCUUUCAUAUGGACAGAGAAAAUGAAAGAAAGGGAAAAGGCAGUGGUGUGCAGGCAAAUAUGGUUUGGCAUUUGUCUUUUAAUGACACCUGAUAUGUCAUUUUGAUUUUGAAAUUGAACACUAGAACUGUUAAUCACCUUUAAAAAGAAGAGCUUAUUGGGAAUUAUAUAUUCCUUAAAAUAUACAUGGGGGCCUGAAUGUCAGCCAUCUUUAUACUAUAAAAAGAGGAUUAUGGAUGCAUGAAUGGUCAUGCUUUGGAGAUCAAAUAUUGGUUGAAUGCCUAUGUAUGUCAGGCCCUGUGCUGAGCCAUGAGGAUUAAAAAGAUGAAUAAACAUAUCUUGUUUAGGAAAUGGAUGUAUAAAAAAAUCAAGUGCAAUAAAGUGUGUGUCCAAAAGCCGACACAAUGGAAAGGA